CUGUCUCUCCCCGUACACACGGGGACAUGGAGCGGUUUCACAGGUGUUGGCUCCUCCCCCUCACUUCCGGCGCCCGGGGCUGCUGACAGCUCUCAGCGGAAUGGCCGGCCGCACGGACCGGGCUCCGCUCCUGGACUGGGCCGAGGCGCCGGGAGUGAGUCCUGUCCCGGAGGGGGAGCGGGAAGCCAAGUGGCCCCGGGGCUAUGGGACGAGCUGGAGCCGUACCCCACCGGGGGAGCUGUGCCCCCUGCCCCAGCUGGAGGAUGAUCACAUCGUGGCGGUGUUCGUGGUCACAUUCGAUUCCAGGAGCGGGAAUAUUGUGGAGUGGUGUUUGCCUCAAGACAUCGACCUGGAAGGAGUGGAGUUUAAGUCAAUGGCCAGUGGGUCACACAGGGUCCAGUCAGAUUUCAUUUACUUUCGGAAAGGCGGCUUCUUCGGUCUGGCGUGUUUUGCCAACAUGCCGGUGGAGAGCGAGCUGGAGAGAGGAGCGCGGAUGAAGUCCGUGGGUAUUCUGUCGCCGUCUUACACCCUACUCUACCGCUACAUGCACUUUUUAGAGAACCAAGUCCGGCAUCAGCUGGAGCUCCCUGGCCACUACACCCCUCUGGAGGCCUUUUAUGAAGACAAGAAGGGGGUCUUACCUGCUGGCGUCUCCCCCCAGUCCUGCCAACCUAGUGUACACUGGCUCUCAACUAUACACAAGCACCUGUACCCGGAGAUGAAGAUCACGCACCCCGCCGGCUGUAUGUCUCAGUUCAUUAAGUUUUUCGGGGAGCAGAUCUUCAUCCUCUGGAAGUUUGCUUUACUCCGGAAGCGCAUCCUGAUAUUUUCACCCCCUCCUGUAGGUGUCGUCUGCUACAGAGUUUACUGCUGCUGCUGUCUCGCCAAUGUAAAUUUGCCCGGAGUUGGAGCCACAGCUCCGGAGUCGAAGCCUUUCUUCUAUGUAAACGUGGCUGAUAUCGAAACGCUCGAUGAUGAGGUUUCCUAUGUGGCCUGUACGACAGAGAAGAUCUUUGAGCAGAAACAGGAUCUGUACGACGUUUACGUAGACAACCAAAAUGUGAAGACUCACCUGGAACACCUCCAGCCCCUGCUGAGGGUCAACAGCGCCGACAAAGAGAAGUACCGGCGGCUGAACGACCAACGGCAGCUGCUGAUGUAUUCGCAGGAGGUGGACGGGGACUGUUCAUCCUGCGAGGAGGAUCUAUUUAUUCUCUUCUUCAUGGAGCAGAACAACAGGAUAUUCCAGAUCCUCCUGGAGGUGGCAUCGAGCCAGGAUAAGACUCUUACGGCCGAUCACGCCCGCAGCAUGGGCCUGGACCCGCAGGGCGACCGCAGCUUCCUCAUGGACCUUCUGGAGGUGUACGGCUUUGAUCUGAUGCUGGUCAUCGACAACCCCUGCUGCCCCUGACGCUGGUGGAGGACUCAUUCAGCGCGUCUCGUGUAAAUAUUCCGACACGCGGAGGGUGGAUGCAAUGGCGCUACACCACCCCCUACCCUAAUACCGGAACUGGCUGUCACAUGUACGAGAUGCAAUAAGAACAUUGCAGGAGUCUGGGUACAGAUAGAAAAAUCGCCCGGCAGAGAGGUUCAGGUUAUUGGCUAUUGGCACAGGAGCUGCCAAGAUGGCUCCCCUAUGUGUCUGGUUUACUUUAAAGGGGUUGCGGGGGGUCAUGGCCACGCCCCCUCGUGAGGUCACAGCCACACCCCCUCAAUGCAAGUCUACGGGAGGGGGCGUGACGACAGUCACGCCCCCUCCCGUAGACUUGCAUUGAGGGGGUGUGGCCGACCCCCGCAGCAUGAACACAGCAUCCGGAACAUUUACUUCCGAAUGCUGGCCAGUGUAGUACCCCUUUAAGGGGCGGGUGUCCACCUUUUGAACACCAUCUACUCGGUUAUGUUGGAAUUGAUGGUAGGUCUGAGUUACAGUAGGCCAGAGCUGCAUUCACAAAUCUGCUUGUUGUCAUUGGAAUCAGUCAGCACGGUUGUCGACGCACGUCCUAAAAAGCUUCUAUCAUGCAGGACGACAGCUCGUGUUUAAUACAUAAGAUUGUACCAAGGAGAGUUCAGCUCAGAAGCCUGCAGAAUAGUGAGUGCAGCUGGGGAGUAUAAUACAGACUGUAAAUCAGGAUAAGUAUAGGAUCAGUAAUGCAUGUACACAGGGACUCCACCAGCAGAAUAGUGAGUACAGCUCUGGAAUAGAAUACAGGAUAUAACUCAGGAUCAGUACAGGAUAAGUAAUGUAAUGUAUGUACACAGUGACCCCACCAGCAGAAUAGUGAGUACAGCUCUGGAGUAUAAUGCAGGAUAUAACUCAGGAUCAGUACAGGAUAAGUAAUGUAAUGUAUGUAUACAGUGACCCCACCAGCAGAAUAGUGAGCACAGCUCUGGAGUAUAAUACAGGAUAUAACUCAGGAUCAGUACAGGAUAAGUAAUGUAAUGUAUAUACACAGUGACCCCACCAGCAAAAUAGUGAGUGCAGGUCUGGGGUAUAAUACAGGAUAUAACUCAGGAUCAGUACAGGAUAAGUAAUGUAAUGUAUGUACACAGUGACCUCACCAGCAAAAUAGUGAGUGCAGGUCUGGGGUAUAAUACAGGAUAUAACUCAGGAUCAGUACAGGAUAAGUAAUGUAAUGUAUGUACACAGUGACCUCCCCAGCAGAAUAGUGAGUACAGCUCUGGGGUAUAAUACAGGAUAUAACUCAGGAUCAGUACAGGAUAAGUAAUGUAAUGUAUGUACACAGUGACCCCACCAGCAGAAUAGUGAGUACAGCUCUGGAGUAUAAUACAGGAUAUAACUCAGGAUCAGUACAGGAUCAGUAAUGUUUGCACACAGUUACCCACCUUCCAUGUAGAUUAGUUCUAUAUACUAACCAUAUAAUGGUGUUCAAAGUGGACCUGCCCUAAAAAGUGGAUUAGUUAAGAAAUGUAAAAUAACCAAAUACUAGAUUGCACAUUAACACUUUGAUAGAGCCCUCUUUAUGAAAAGGUUGUCUAGGAUAAAAUACAUAUAUUUUAUGUUUCUAGAAACAGCGCCACUCUUGUCCAUUUGGCUGGGUUUGGUAUUGCAGUUCAUCCCAUUUAAGUGUAAAGUUGAGUUGCAGUACCACUCCCAACCUGUGGACAGGUGAGGCGCUGCCCAACCUGGACAACCUCUUGCACACAGAGGGCACAGUGAUUACAGGGAAGCAACACUCCAGACAAUACACAAGUGUCUCAACUUUUUUUUUUUUGCCCCCUGAUGUUGUGAUUGCUCAAAUGAGCUUUGCGUCAAAAUGGUUGGCAACCAACCCGCUCCCUUAUGAUGAGCUUCUGGCCGCUUUCUUCCAAAAACAGAGCCACACCUAUUCUCAGGCUGUGUGUGGUAUUACAGCUUGGCCCUAUUUACUUAAAUUUGGACCUAAAACAAGUGAAAUGGUGGGAAAUUGUGGUAAUGGGGACCAAAGUAAAACAUUUUGUGCAAUUUUUUUAAAUUUUUUUUUUUUUUCGUGGGCCAACAUCAUUGACUAAUACUGCCCAUGGAGGAGAGAUUCACUGCCCAGGUCCUGUACGCAAAAUACCUUGGCUUAGGGGAGUGGCUUGUUGGCGCCCCCCUCUGGCUGCAACAUUGUGGCCUUGGCUUCACUGUGGACAAGGACAGAACAAGCAACUGCUAAUAUGGCUCCAUAGAGGGUUCUACCCAGCUUUUCUGGAGUUCUGAUUGAUGAAUAUGUAUUAUUUGAAGAGUUUAGGAGAACUGUAUGGCUUUCGUAAAAAUGGCCACGUCGCUUCAUGUAAAUUAAACCAAGAUGAAAAGUUAAAGGGGUACUCUGACCCCUAGACAUCUUAUCCCCUAUCCAAAGCAUAGGGGAUAAGAUGUCUGAUAGCUGGGGACCCCCGCUUUCUCAGUAGUGGCACCCGCCGCCAUUACGGCACAGAGAAAUAUUUCUAUGCGUGAUGAUGGGGCGAUACUGGGGCCCGAGCACACUGAUGUCAUGUCCCCGCCCCCUCAAUGUAAGUCUAUGGGAGUGCUGGAACUUCCAAUGAUUACAAAAUCGUAUGUGGGGGGGGGGGGGGGGGUGAGAAAGAAAGUCAAUGACCUAAAGACAGAGUGUACAUCCAGCCACAUAGUUUAUUCGGGGUCACGACGGAGUGUGAUUCCAGUGGUUACACCAACUCCCCCCGAUCCGAUACAUUCCCCUAUCUGAUGGAUAGGUUAAAACCUUUCAACCAUUGUAUCACAACUUAAAAAAAUAUAUACUACUCAAAAGUGGUGACAAGGCAAAUUUAUUGAGCCCCUCCUCUUAUUUUCUGCAGUGCAGGAAACAGGGCCAUAUUGGAGCUGUUUGCCAGUAAUACACUCACAUGGAUUUCCUUUCCCUUACUUCUAUGGUCAGUUACAACACAUACUUCACUCUGGUGUUUCAUGUGCCGGUUGAAAGUUCACUGGGCUGAACAGGUUGGUACUGCUAGAAGGUGAUAUACACUCUACACUACUAUAGAGAUAGAGGGAGAAGGGGUUUAUGAUGCAUUUGCCUUGCACGGUGCUAUGUGAUCAGAAAGGAAAGAAAUAGCAGCACGGCCAGGGAGGGGUUACUUUAAGCACGCAAUUGCUAAAGGCAAGCCUGCUGCCUAAAGAGAGGGGAGAGAUGGGAUCACACUACGUACGUACACAGCAGCAGCAGAGCAAGGAAGAGGUUACACUAAGCACUGAAUUGCUGAAGACAAGCCUGCAGACUAGAGAGAGGUGGGCUUUUAUAUAGGAGGCAGCACUGUGUACAUACACAGCAAAAGCAAAGCAUGGAAGGGGUUGCACUUAACACUGAACUACUGCUUAGAUGAGCGAAAAGACUUGAUUUACCAUUUGGGACCAUGUAAAUCCAGAGGCAAACUGAGUCGAGCUCAAAAAUUGCAGGUAUACUCUCUCUCCCUGGCUAAGCCCCACCCUCCCCUUCCUGUGUUCCCUCAUGCUGUCUCUGUUACUAGAGACGGAAUUCCCCUAACAGGCAGUAGACAGCAGAUAGCAGGGAAGGGAAAAUCGCGGCGGCCAAGAUUUUAGAGCUCUUUUUCUGCUGGAUAUGGAGUCAUUUUUUGUAAAAUUUUCAAAGAUUUUACAGACCACAUAGGUGGAAAGUUGUUUGAAACUACAAUGAUCAUUGGGAUAACCCCCUUUAAAGAAUAUGUCCACAUUAGCAACUAUUUUACCUUUCUCAAGUGCAUAAAAAUAUAUAAAUAAAAAAAAGUGAAUUAACUUUCUUUAUAUAUCUUACGGUUUUGUGUCUACAGCUCCGGUGCGGGGAAGUUUGUCUCCAUGGUUACAGACUAUGAACAGAUACCGAAUAUAGUGUGAUCCUGCAGUCAGGUGUUCUAGAAGAGGAGCUAAUAUGUAAGUGGUCUCCAAACUGUGGCCCUCCAGCUGUUGCGAAACUACAACUCCCACCAUGCCCAGACAGCUGUUGGCUGUCUGGGCAUGCUGGAAUUUGUAGUUAAGCAACAGCUGGAGGGCCACAGUUUGGAGACCACUGUUAAAGCCAAUAGAAAGAAGGCGUGACACAUGUCAUAUAGGAGCUGUAUACAUAAAAUGGUCAGAUAUUUAUAAUCAAUAAAAGUUGGUUGUGAAAGUUUUCAUACCCUUUAAAUUCCCUUUUGUCCGUAAGCCGCACGUUCCUGUAUACAUUCCUGUCGUGUCCUUUUACUAUAUGUAUAUAUUGAACCGGUGACCUCGGCUGUGUAUAUUUUUAGGGCGAUAGAAGGAAAAUCGUGACCUCCACUUCGCCGGUACUGCCCGGGUCCCAGCGCUUGGUUAUGCUCGGGACCACAUGGACCAAGUCUCUUCUUGAACUUUUACUAUAGACUUUCUAAUGACGGCUUCGGCCACCAAACACUGGAAAUAAAAGAUUGUAUAUAUGUGUGUAACGUCACGGACUCGGGAGGAAGAUGAAGGAAAUGUUUUUUUGAGAUGAAUGCUAAAUAAAUGAAGUAAUUAUUAUACUGUA